GGGAAGGUGGCGUAGCGCAAGUGCGAGACUGGAGGCGAAGAGGCGGGGCUUGGUAUGCAGAUAUAGGGGUGGUGCUUGGAAAGGGAGAGAGGAAGUGGCCAGCAGGGCAGCGAAGGUGGUGGAACGUUCGGUUACAGACUCCUUGGAACGCAGGUGGCAGGUACACGGGACGAUGCAUCUAACGUGGCUCGUGAGCACAGCUCUUCUGGGCCUGGCAACUUGCGUGCCCAUUGAACGGCCCAAGGAGACGCAAGAGGCAGAGACUCCCCCAGAGGCACCAGACACAGGCCUCUAUUACCACCGUUACCUUCAGGAAGUGAUCAAUGUGUUGGAAACAGAUGGGCACUUCCGGGAGAAGCUCCAAGCGGCCAAUGCUGAUGACAUCAAGAGUGGAAAGCUCAGUAAAGAGCUGGACUUUGUCAGCCACCAUGUCCGCACCAAGCUCGAUGAGCUGAAGCGGCAGGAAGUAUCCCGGCUCCGGAUGCUUCUGAAGGCCAAGAUGGAUGCCACCGUAGAACAAGAUGUACAGGUCGAUCACCUGGCAUUACUGAAGCAGUUUGAGCACCUGGACCCUCAAAACCAGCAUACGUUUGAAGCCAAAGAUUUGGAGUUGCUCAUUCAAGCCGCUACAAAAGAUCUGGAGAACUACGACGCUGCUUACCACGAGGAGUUCAAGCGCUACGAGAUGAUGAAGGAGCAUGAGCGGCGGGAAUAUCUGAAGUCUCUGGACGAGGAGAAGCGCCGUGAGGAGGAAGCGCGUUUUGAGGAGCUGAAGAAGAAACACAAGGAGCACCCCAAAGUCAACGUGCCGGGCAGCCGCGAUCAGCUCAAGGAGGUCUGGCAGGAGACGGAUGGGCUGGACCCCAAUGAGUUCAACCCCAAGACGUUCUUCAAAUUACACGACACCAAUAGUGAUGGGGUGCUAGAUGAGCAGGAGUUAGAGGCUCUCUUCACUAAGGAGCUGGAGAAGGUGUACGAUCCCCGCAACGAGGAAGACGAUAUGCUAGAAAUGGAAGAGGAGCGGCUGCGCAUGCGGGAGCAUGUCAUGAGAAAUGUGGAUCUGAAUAAGGACCGGCUGGUGACCCUGGAUGAGUUUCUUAAAUCGACCCAGAAGAAGGAAUUUAAUGAAGCUGAUGGCUGGGAGACUGUGGAAGAAACACAAGUCUACUCAGAGGCGGAGCUUCAGCGCUUUGAGGCAGAGUUGGCAGCUCAGGAGGCGGAGUUAGGGCGGCGAGCAGAGCAUCUUCGCCAACAGCACCAAGAACUCCAGCAGAGACAGGUGGAACUGGAUGCUCAGAAGAAGGAGCUUCAGCAGGUUGUGCUCCAGAUGGAACAGAGGAAAGCUCAACAGCAGCCAGAGCAGGUGCCCCAGGCGGGACCUGGGGGCGAGCUGAAGUUCCAAGCCCAGCCACCUCAUGCCGCACCAGCAGAUCAGGCACCUCCACCCGAGUCCCACCCUGAAGCCGCUGGAGUGCCAGAGCAUCCUCCCCAGCAGAACCAAGUGGAACCGCUUCAGACCCAGCGCCAUCCGGAUGUUGAGAUCCAAUAACAUGAGGGAUGGGGGCUUAGGAGAAGUCUUACGGGGGCAGAGACAAGGGAGUCUUGGCAGCGUUCUCAUCUUCCUGCAAUUGGAGUACCUGAAUCCAAACUUGCCCAUGGACAAUGGGUGAGGGGGGCAGGCUGGGAAAUCUCUCCUAAUACAGAAAACUGUGGAAUGAAAGUUAAGGGUAGCCCCACACCCAACCCAUCUCUGCUGUUUCUUCUCCAUCCUCUCCUGAGAGAGAAACUAGAAUGAUAGGGACAGCCUAUGAAAAAUCCCCUCUGUGCUUUUCUCUGACCAGACGGAGCCUCUGAGGGAACUCUUGAAGAGGCUCUAAUGAGGGAGGCAGAGGCAUGUGUGCCAUUUAGAAGGGGUUGGGGGGAGAGAAGAAAUGAGGGGUUGACACCAUGCCCUCCCUGAUAAUGCUGCCCUAGGCCUCGGGUGUUUGUGGGUAAUACACAAGUGGUGUUCUGGUCUUUUAAGUACAGUAUUAACUCCUGUGCCCCCUUUCUCCUUAUUCUAGUUUAGUUCCUUGUAACAGAAUUGCAGUGUUGCACCUUUCUACAAAACAGGCAUUGAGAACUGCUGGAUUUUGACUUUUGUUCUGGAAUAAUUUGGAUCUCUUGUUAUUUAAUAAAGCUGUUAGCCCCUU